AUGAGAGCUCAAGAUGAGCAAGCCACAUUCAAGGUUUUUCAUCCCAUACGUGCUCCGGAUUCAAUAGGAGAAUGCUUAGCAAUUGGAGAUAUUAAUCCUAACAUGGUUGAAGAGUCUAAAUUAAAAAAUAGUAAGAAUGUGAGAAAGAAGAUUCUCCUUAAAGAAAAACCUAAGGAUCACGAGCCGCAAGAAAGCAAAGACAAAACAUCAUUUGACCCUAAAAAACCACCCAAAAAGAAGACAAAGAAAAAGAAGCUUAGUAGAAAAAUUUGGUCUCAAAUGUUUGAAGUUGGGCAACAAGUGAUUUUCGCCAACUCUUUAACGAAGGCUACUCAUGGACGACUAGAUUCAAGGUGUGAUGGAUCUUUCUUGGUGGUGAGAGUAUAUCCCGAUGGGGUGGUGGAACUACGUGAUGCACUUUCAAAAAGAAAAUUCUUGGUGAAAAGCCAAGGAGUGAAGUUUGGGGGUGGUGAGGUCAACCAAGCAAAGACCUCCAUCACUUUGAAAGAAGCUUGA